AUUAUACCCGUACCGAUUUUUUGCCGAAUCCGAAUUAACUAACUAUGCCUCCCACUUUCUUUGCCCCAGGGCCGGCCACGCCCUAAGAUUAGCAAUCAUGGAGGACGACGGGAGUCCGAAAACCUUCGCCGGCCUCGGCGUGUGCGAGGAACUGGUCGAGGCCUGCAAGAGCUUGGGGUGGGAGACCCCUUCCAAGAUCCAAGCCGAGGCAAUCCCCUACGCACUCCAAGGCCGCGACGUGAUCGGGCUGGCGCAAACUGGGUCGGGGAAGACUGGCGCGUUCGCGCUUCCGAUUCUCCAAGCGCUGCUGCAGAAGCCGCAGCCGUUCUUCGCUUGCGUGCUCUCUCCGACUAGGGAGUUGGCAAUUCAGAUAUCUGAGCAGCUUGAGGCUUUAGGGUCUGGGAUCGGAGUUAAGUGUUCCGUGCUUGUAGGUGGAGUUGACAUGAUGCAACAAGCAAUAUCUCUUGCAAAACGCCCCCACAUUGUGGUUGCAACUCCCGGGCGGCUCCUAGACCAUUUAUCAAACACCAAGGGUUUUAGUCUUCGCGCUCUAAAAUAUUUGGUCCUAGAUGAGGCCGAUAGGUUACUUAACAUGGAUUUUGAGAGAGCUAUUGAUGACAUCUUGAAGGAUAUACCUAAAGAAAGACGAACAUACCUGUUUUCGGCUACUAUGACUAAGAAGGUCAGCAAACUUCAACGGGCUUGCCUUAGGGAUCCCCUUAAGAUUGAGGCAGCCUCGAAGUAUUCCACGGUUGAUACUCUUAAGCAACAUUAUCUCUUUAUUCCUGCGACAUACAAGGAUUGUUAUCUUGUGUACAUCUUGGUUCGGAUGUCUGGAAGCACUUCAAUGGUUUUCACACGCACUUGUGAGUCGGCAAGGCUUCUCGCUCUUAUUCUGCGCAAUCUUGGGUUAAGCGCUAUUCCAAUUAAUGGUCAAAUGAGCCAGGCUAAGAGGUUGGGAUCUUUAAACAAGUUCAAGUCAGGAGAAUGUAAUAUACUUAUCUGCACAGAUGUGGCUAGUAGAGGGCUCGAUAUACCUUCUGUGGAUGUGGUGAUCAACUAUAACAUCCCAACAAACUCUAAGGAUUACAUCCAUCGUGUGGGUAGAACUGCACGUGCUGGAAGAUCUGGUUUGGCUAUAUCUUUGGUGAAUCAAUAUGAGGUCGAGUGGUACCGACAGAUCGAACUACUUAUUGGCAAAGAGCUCCCCGAGUAUCAGGCAAAUAAAGAAGAAGUUCUGUUGUUGUUGGAGCGUGUAUCUGAUGCCAGGAGAAUUGCGCAGAUGAAACUAAAGGGAAGUGAAGUGAAGAGGAAGAAGAGAAGGGUCGAAGAUGACGAUGAAGAGGCUGAAAAACAUGCGAUAACUCACAAGAACUCAAAGGCGUCAAAGAAAUCUAGGAGAAGAUGAUGCGGAACUAAGGCUAUUGUGAUCAAAUUUUUAUGUUUUCUGAGGUUGUCCUUAAAUUUUUGCUCUUUUAGGUAUAGCAUCACCCUUCAGUAAUGGUCAGAUUGAUUUUUUUCUGCUAGUGCCUACAAAUUUGGCACAAUAUUUUUCGAAUUGCUGUAUUGCAAGUUUAAAUUAAACUUUUGACUACUUUCCCCUCC